CACACACACACACACACACACACACACCUCACUCUGAUGGCAGGAGGCCGGGGGGCACCGGCGCAGGGGGCCGGUCAUUGUCCCUCCCCGGUAUAUAAGCGGACUGAGGCCGGUCGUGUGCCAGGCUCCGGCUCGCACGAGCUGAUCCAGAGCAGACAGACGCAGAGAGGCGCGUGCCGCUCCUGUUGGACCUCAGAGACCUCGUGCAGACUUCCUUUAGGUGCGCGUGACUCCGCUCUCACCUGCGGGACUGUCCACAUCACACUGCACGCGCUGCUCCCCUUCCAUCAGAUCAGACCCGGACCCGGCGCUCCGACAUGGACUCGGUCUACUCCGACAUCGACAGCAACAGCUGCGACUUCUUCCCGCUCACCGACGACGAGGACUCCCGCGGCAGCCUGAGCUCCGCGUCCCCGGAGCGCGAGCUGCCGCUGCAGCAGCAGAAGAAGCGGCGUCGCGGGCGCGCGCGCAGCGACGCCACCGUGCAGGUGGUGAAGAAGAACCGGCGCACGAAGGCCAACGACCGGGAGCGGAACCGCAUGCACAACCUGAACGACGCCCUGGACGAGCUGCGCGAGGUCCUGCCGGCCUUCCCGGACGAGACCAAACUCACCAAGAUCGAGACUCUGCGCUUUGCGCACAACUACAUCUGGGCUCUGUCCGAGACCAUCCGCAUCGCGGACCUGCAGGCGGGGAAGACUGGCGACCCCCCUCUGCUGCUCAGCUCCAGGAUCGCUGAGGCUCCGAGUCCCGGCAGCGACGCCUGCUCCUGGAGCUCCAGCGGCUCCUCGUCCUCCUCCUCCCCGGCGUACUGCACCUCCAGCCCGGGCAGCCCCGCCGCCGCGGACGACUACAGCUACCUGCAGCAGGAUGCACUCUACAGCUUCCGGAGCUUCGUGCCGGGCAUCUACUGAGACACAUACCGGGACAAACCGCCGGUAGAGACACAUUGUGGAGGGACAGACCCAGGGACAGACCCAGGGACAGACUGAUGGAUUAAUAAUGAUCACUGUUUGCCUUAAUGAGCUCAUUAUUGUCUGAUUGAGAAUAAGUUAAUUAGUUGUUGUUUAGUUUGUUCUUCUCUCCAGAGACCUUUGCACUCCC